AUGAGCGACGUCGAUCCAGAGUGGGUGGAAUUCUUCACGUGGUCCAAAGUUCAGAUCACCCAGGCACAGGGCUUCCGUCCGGGUCUCAACAGGCUGCUACACGCAAACCUGCGUGAAAAAUGGGACGACAUCAUUGAUCAGAACGAGUACCUCCGAGCUAUCAGGCGAUACGAGCAGCGAGCAUUGGCGACUGCGGAAGUCAGGAGUUACAGCGACUUACAUCAAGGGGAGCUUGGUCGGUAUCUGCGAAGAUCUCUGGCCCGGUCCAUUGCAAUCGCCAUUCACAGCUUGAAUUCAAGCCUUAAGCGACUGCAACAGGUCCAGAGGAAACGUAACAAACGCGGCAAGAGGAGCACUUUUACUGCCAUCAUUCGUUACCACGACCGACUGAUCAAGGAAGGAGAAGACGAAAUCCUCAUGUCAAAGCAGACGGUAGUCAGAGAAGCUGUGGAAGAAAUGCUCGACAGUAUCCCCGACCUCCCGGACCAGGUAGUGGAAUACAUAACCGAUGCAUAUCAGCAACUUCCGUGGGAGGAUGCCGAAGAGAACGACAUCACCGAUCGCGAAGUGACAGUUCAAUUGAGAGCCGAUAUAUUCGCAGCAGAAGACUACGGCGAUCUCGAUAUCCUGGAUUGGUCUACCAAAGAAACUCCCAUGGUCACCAUCAGGGCCGACCGCGACGCAGGCCGAAUCCAAUGUGGCGGGCACGACUUACGCCAGCAGGAACUUCAAGUAGACGUGCGAGACGGCGAUCCAGAUCUGUUUCUGCGAGAUUACCUGAGCAACGAAUGGCGAGAUUACCUGCUGGAAUUCAAAACGAUUAGGAUGCGGGACAGACCAAUGCCUAUCUGGGUGAUCCAGGCCGCGAAAUCGAGAGCAGAAAUGCUGUGGGACCAUGAUGGCACCAGAGUCUAUCCGCCGGAAUUGGACCACAGUGACCUUGAUUGGACAUUGGACAAGCUUCUGGAAGUUGAGAAUCGAUUCUAUGCGGACCGCAAAACCAAAACCUGGCCAACAGGAGUCGAAUACGCAGUCGCCGAGCACCUGGACAUGCUUACCAACCGUCCAGAAUACAUGCCAGACUUCCAAGCGACUUCCAGACCUGUAUACUUUGAAACUACCAAGAUGUUGCGAGCUGGCCGGAGAGCUUUGCAGCAUGCCUGGGAGUCGAAACUUUGGAAAAUGGUACAGAUUGAUCCGAGACCUGUUAAUGAGGUCAAGGCGACUCUUGCAUUGUAUCACAAGGCGUUGAGGCUCUUUGAUACGAAUCCUCUUACUACGGGGCUGGAUCGAAGGUGGUUUUCACCAGAGUUUGAGGCGGAUUUGAAGAGGGCGAAGUGA